UUGAAAGUACAAAUCUCUUUUUCAAAUUUUCAAACCCAGAGUACCUAUCUUUUAAAGACAAUUUUAUUUCAUUACAUGUAUUUUUUUAAAUUGAUCUGAUUAUUUUAGUAGGAAAAAGAAUACUUAAUUUGGUUUUUAUUUUUCAUCGUUGAAACUAAUAAAUCUUGAUCUUAAUUUUAAAUUUGUGACAUAUUGUUUUCCAUCAACUUUUUUGAAACUUAUAUUUAAAUCGAUGUACAGUACAUUGAGCUAAGAUACAUCAUUAAAAAUGAAUUACACUACAGAAGAACUCUUGCGUAUGGUAGAUGACAAAAUUGAUUAUGGGAAUAAGUUAGUGAAGUUACUAGAGGAUAAGUAUGAAAUUGACGGGGUGAAGAAACUUCAAAGAAAAGUUCGUCAAGAAAUAGAAUUUCUCCAAAGAUUGCAAAAAUCUAAAAAAGUGAAAAAAGAACAGUUGUCGUGUUCAAAUUUACGACAUUUGGAAGCGAUGGUAGAUUGUGCUAUAAGACCUGGAGUUGUAUCUGUGUGUAAAAUCUUUCAUGUCAGCAAUGAUAGCAAGUUGCUUGUUGAUAUCAUAAGUGAUGAUGGAAAGACUUGGACUAAAGUAAUUGCAAGAAAUCCGAGAUCUCUUUCUGCAUUAAGUUCAGGAAAUUCAUCAUAUGGGGCUCGCUCAAUAGUUGACCAAGCUGUCGACUAUAUAGAAUGUGCUAAAUUAUAUCCAUGUAUGUAUCAGUCUCCUAAGGUUGUUUUUGAAUUUGUAAGUGGAAUAGAAGAAUCAUUGGCAAAUAAACUGAAGUCAAAAGGUGUUGUUGUUGAAGGAGAAAUAUUGUCAGAUUCUAAAGAAGAAGAGGAAUAUGAAGAUCCCUUUGAGUCCAGUGAUGGUGAAGUAGAUAAUAGUUCUCAGAUAUUACAAGAUGUUUCACAAUGUAUGCAAGAUCACAGAGAUCUUAAUAUUUUAAACCUAGAUGUGACGGCUAUGAUGGCAUAUGUGAGUAACAUGACAAAUGGCUCCUGCAAUUAUAUCUUCCAACAGCCUGUUUUGACUCAACAAGCUGAAUGGGAAGCUGAACGGCCAGUAAAGCCAAUUUUAGAAAAAUUAUUUGAAAAUAAAAUGCUUGUAUGCUGUAGAACAGCGUGGGAUGAUUUUGAAAAGAUAGUAAAUACUUUGGGAGGUCCGAAUGAAAAGAGACGAACUUUAGAAUUGAAGGAAAUGGUCAGAGUAUAUGAAGAUGACUAUGGAGGUCAAGAUGAUUAUCCCAGACAAAACUUAAAAGUUAGAGGCCAUGUCAGAUUAAGAUCUAAAAUAAUAUUUAAUUUUGGACACAGAAUUAAAGCUCUCACAGUUUCUGCGAAUGAAGGAUUUGUUAGGGCGGCGGCACAACAGGGUGUUACAUAUGCGACAUUUAUCCUGGAGUCCCGAGCUUUAACUGAGGGAAAAGAACCAACUGCUACAGAAAUUAAGUUAUGAUAUUUUCAGGUGACAAUGUGUUAAAAUAGUGAAUCAUAAAUAUUUCUUUUUAAUAUGUUCUACAAAGUAUAUAUUGUCUAUUUUGCUGUGAUAGAAGUUUAAAACUUGCCUUAAUAUUUAAAUAAUAUAAAAUGUUUUAUAUUAUGUACAUAAUGUUGAUUAAAUGUUAACACAAAUGGC